AUAGCGUAAGGAAGCUCCUUGCCGUGAAGUCCAGAUGACGUCCAACCCGCCGCAGAGCGCCGGUCUCACCGCUAAGCAGGCCGCUGCUGCCGCUGCCGCCCGCUUCGCUGGCUACUCAUCAUUCUACGCGUCUCCCUCGCAGCCCGCGCAGCCUCAGAAUCAGACUCAGCUCUUCCAGCCGCCACCUCCUCGCCCUGGUAUGUUUAACGGACCCCGCGGUCCUCCUCCCCCUCGACCGCCACACAUGACCACCGGGUUCGCUCGUCCACCGCCCCCUUCUCUUUAUUUUGCGCUCAACGGCCGAGGACCGCCUCCAAUGAUGCGGCCGCCGCCUCGUCCAGUGUCGUCCCAGCCCUCCGCGCCCCAGUGGCAGUGGAGCAACGGCAGCAGUAACCGCGGUUUCCCUCCCAGGAACUUUGGCCCGCCACCGGGAGCCUUCUCGACACCGAAGCCUGCAGCUCUGACUGCUGCUUCGCCCAUGGGAGGCAACGCCAAGUGGCCAGAUGCACUGCACAACUACGUAAAGCGAGCAUUCGCGCGCUGCAAAGGAGCAGCAGACCAGAGUAUCACUCAGAAUUUUCUUAAGGAGGUGAUUACAAAUGCAAUUAUGACAAACAGUUUGUGGACGAAGAAUUGGACUGCAGAACCUCUGCCGGUGCUUGUGGGGGACACUCCGGCAGCGGCCAUGCAGACCAAGAUGGGGAUGGGCGGACCGAUGCCCGGAGCGGCGGGCCACAAGGUUCUACCUUCGUCUAAUAGCAGUAGCUUGCAGCCCAAUCAGACUUUUAUUCCUUUCAAAGACCCUUCUAGCAAGAAGAACAAGACGGGCAAGCGCAAACACGACGGCUUUGAGAUCCAAGACGCGGAUGUACAGCGUAAGAACCAGAGAAGACAGCGAUUCCAUAUGACCCAGCAGGAACUCAAGAGCUUAGUGACCCCUGAAGUAGAUACCAAGAAGUUGCAGGUGCUUACGCAGGACGGAGACCUGGACCUUGCAGCCAUGGUCAUUAAAGGUACUAGUCAGACGGUUGAAAAGGAAUACUUGCGAUUAACCUCUCCCCCGCAUCCUUCGACGGUGCGACCCGAGCCAGUGCUGCACAAGGCGCUGGAGCUCGUCAAGUCGAAGUGGAAGAAGGGUGACCGAGAUUAUAUUUAUGCCUGUAGCCAGCUCAAGUCCAUUCGCCAGGAUUGCACAGUGCAGCAUAUCAAGAACGCAUUCACCGUAUCCGUGUACGAAACCCACGCGCGGGUUGCGCUCGAGUCGGGUGAUAUCAACGAGUUUAACCAGUGCCAGACGCAACUCCACGAACUGUACGAAAAACUACUCCCAGGCGAGGCGAUCGAGUUCCUCGCGUACCGCAUUUUGUACUGUGUGUACGUGUCUCUGCAAGCCAAGAAGGGGGACUCGAAUGCAGGUCAGCUGGGCAUGUACAACGUGCUGGGUAUGGUAACCCCAAGGCUGCGUGCAGACCUGGCGAUCGCCCAUGCGCUUGGGGUGCGCCAGGCGGUUGCUAUGAAUGAUUACCAUCGUUUUUUCAAACUCUAUGUAGAUGCUCCGAAUAUGGCAGGUUACCUGAUGGACGUCAUGGUCCCCGCGAUCCGACUCGGCGCGCUUCGAGCGAUGUGCAAAGCGUAUCGUCCAACGCUUCCUGUACAGUAUAUUCGCGAAGAACUUAAGCUUGAAGGCAAGACAGGAAAAGCAUUCAUCCGUCAGGCUGGUAUCACAUUUGUAAAGGGAGACAAGACGCGCGUGGACACAAAGGCCUCGAACAUCGUCUGGACGCUGAGCAAUGAGUCGUCGCUUAUUUAG